UUUGUCCCCCACACCUCAUACUUUUGACGCAACUGCACCUUCCUCACCCACGUCAUAUCUUUUUCGCGUAGCGCCAAUCUCAUCAUUUCCUCGCCCCUCUCCUCCAACAUCUCGCCAGACUCUAUGCUCUACUGCAUUGCUUAUACUGCAUCGUUGCUUGAGCAUUUCUUACCAGUAUGACCACUCCCCUGCGUCCGUCAAACGACGCCUAUCUCACCAACAAUGGCCCACCGGGGUCUUUCCUCCAACACCUGCUCGACGAGAUCAAUGGCGCGACUACUCCUACUGUCCUUCGUAAUAGAGGCACCUCGAAGAGCACUCCGCAAUCUCAGCCUAGUACCAGCAGGCCGUCGUCUUCAGUCUGGGUCGGUGGCUCUUCCGCUGCUCAAGACGCCCGCGACAAGUUACGAGCGGCCGAUGAAGCACGUGUUUGUAGGAAACUUCUUAGUACCGUUGACGGCGCGUCAGGAAGCCAUGCACCGCCGUUGUGUCUGCGUGUCUCACCUCAUACACAGCCUCCCUCACCCGACGUCAGCUCGAGCGGGGAUAACUGGACAUGCACCGACACAUCAAAUCACAACCUGACUACAGGCUACAUGACGACCAGUAGCGUACGAUCUACUGUGGGCGGUUUGCGCCUGGCUACUUCUUCCCUCGACUUACACCCACCCUUUCCCUGCAACGACGUCGCACAAUAUCACUCACCACUCAUCUUCAGCGACGUGAAUUUGAACGACAUCUUCUCGAGUUCUUCCCCGACCGAGGCACCCACAUCGGCGGGAACCGACGUACCGACCUCAUUGACGAGCAUGACACUUGAGCAGCGUACAACGCCCAGUGAUCCUGGGAGUGUCAGCUCUGGCAAAAGAGAGCUCAGCCCUUCACCCUCGCCCGAGAAGAUGUCCAAGAGAACACGUACAGAGGCUCUAUCAGAACCACAAUGCCGCUUCCUCUUCCAAACGGACACAGAUCCUUUUCAAGCAUUCGGAGGCGCCGGCAGUGACAACAAUUGUCUAUCUCGAACGUCGACCUUCACCGAGAGAGGUCCAGAUGUAUGCAACCGCGCAGCGCGCCACUCCAUCCCCUCACUCUCCUCCUUCAGACCCGAAUCCGCAAACUCUCAAGGCCAGCCUCAGCCCCAACUCCGGUCCCAGCCCUCCACUCCAGUCCGAACUGCAGCACGUACAUCUUCCUCGCGCCGCCAGCGCGCAAGUCCCGCUCAGUCAGAGACACCGCCAUGGGCGCGAUCAAUGCAUCUGGUCGACACCGACGACAACUACCUGUCAAUCUACAAGAACGUGCAUGGAGACGAGCAAACGGACUCGCCGCUUUGCCUGUACUGUUUUCGCCACAAGGGCAGCUUCAAUCGGGUGCGGACGCAUGGCUAUGAGGUGUGCGGACGCGAGGAGGCGCUGCGGAGUCAUUACUGGGAAUUGAAUGUUCCAUCGUGGGUGGAUCGGUGAGUAUUUCGGGGUUGGGACUGAGAUGUUGUUUUGGAAUGUGGUUGUUUUGAAACAGUGGGGUAUUGCUAGGCUUUUUUGUUUUGUGUUCUCGUUUCUUUGUUUCUUGUCUAGAUUG